CUGCCAACCUGGCUUCUGUGCGUGCUGUUGGUCAUCGUACUGAGUCUGACAGGCACGCGGACUCUGCAGAAAGCCAUCAGCGCUCGCCGAAAAGAGCGCUGGCAGUGCUGCGUUUCACCCGAAGCUACAGCUCUUCUGGGGAUCGACUCGUCCGAGAAAGUUUCUUCGACACCCGAGAAGAAACCGCAAGCGGACGUACCAUGGCGGAAGCUUGCCACACUUUCAAGUCUCUUCGUCGUCAUCGCUGGUAUGAGAAUCCUCCGCGGAGGAAAGGACUUUGACAGUCCCCUAGGCAUUGACUCGUCGUCAGCGCUGUACCCGAUGCUCCAGCAAACUCCCGGAUACGAGCUCGAAGCGCACGAAAUCAAGUGGACACCAUUGUCUAUUCGGUUCUUCCCCUUUUUCUCACUUGCGGCUGGAGCGGUCUCUGGUAUGUUUGGUAUCGGAGGAGGCAUCAUUAACGGGCCGCUGCUGCUCGAGGUGGGCAUCGAUGCCUCGGCCGCUUCGGCCAUGACCGCAACAACCGUGCUCUUUUCCAGCGGGAUGUCGGCUUUCAAUUACACGGUAAUGGGGAAGACGGACAUCCAUCUAGCGCAGGUUCUGCUGCCCAUGGGCUUCCUCAUGACCUACAUCGGCCAGCUGUGUCUGCUCAAGGUCGUGCGCCGCUUUCAAUGCCCCAGCCUAAUUAUCUUCUCGAUGGCCGUCAUUGUGCUCAUCAGUGCUAUCGCCAUGAGUAUCGAGAGUGUCCGUGCCGUGCUAGCCUGA